GUGUGUUUUCCCUGUUUCCGGGUAGUUCGUGCUUGUUGUAGCUGUUGCUAUUGCUAACCAGGCUCAUGCUACUGUGAAGAUCAUGUAUGAUACACGUCACUGUGUUUGUCAGUAAGGGAGAAACAUAAGAAUAUCUGACAAAUUCAGUUGCGCUGAACAAGACAAUGUCUGACGAGAUCGAGAACCAAACCUCAGACCUUCCUGAUGCACACAGAGGGCGUCUAGAGGAAAACCCGGGCACUUGGCUAUUAAAUGUGAAAGAAGAGGAUGAGACAGAUGACAUGAAAAGUCAUCAGACUGAAAUACAUUGGUCCCUCCCUGCCGAUGAAGAUAAAGCUGAUAUACUGAAAGUUGAGAUAACAGAAGAUCUGUGUGUGAGGCGUCAGCUGGAAGCACCAGAUAAGAAAACCAGUGACCGUAUCAGCCCAGGCUGUAUGGAUGUGAAGCCUUCAGAUGGCUCAGCGGUUGAACAUGCAGGAGAACCAUAUGUGUGUGUUAACGUGAAGACUGAGGAGGAUGAAGUUCUUAUAAAUAUGGCUACAGGUGAUAAGACUGAAGUCACACUUAAUGCUGAACAAGCAAAUGAUCUGUAUGCAAAUAGACAACAAAUAGCUGUGAAGCAGGAAAUCGGUGACAAUAUCAGUACAGGUGAUGUUAAGACUGAAGUUACACUUAAUGCUGAGCAAACAAAUGAUCUGUAUGUAGAGAGUCGGCUGCGAGCUGUGAAGCAGGAAAUCAGUGACAAUAUUAGUACAGGUGAUGUUAAUACUGAAGUCACACUUAAUGCUGAACAAGCAAAUGAUCUGUAUGUAGAGAGUCGACGGGAAGCUGUGAAGCAGCAAAUCGGUGACAAUAUCAGUAUAGGUGAAUUCACAAACUGUAUUAAUCCUAGUCAUGGUCAGAGUUCCGAUGCUGCUUUAGAUCUUCAUCAGAAUAAAAUAAGCCACAUGGGAAAUGUGUGUUCUGAAUGUGGGGAAUGUUUUACCAGCAAAUCACAUCUUACUAGCCAUCAGAAAAUUCAUACAAGAGAGAAAGUAUAUUCUUGUUCUAACUGUGGGAAAUGUUUUCUCAAAAAAUCACAUUUUUAUAGACAUCUGAAAAUUCACACAGGAGAAAAACCAUUUUCCUGUUCUAUAUGUGGGAAAUGUUUUACCCGUAAAGAAUAUCUUGUUGUUCAUAAGAAAAUUCAUACAGGAGAAAAAGAGUUUUCGUGUUCUGUUUGUGGAAAACGUUUUACUCUGAAAUCACAUCUUAUUAGCCAUCAGAAGAUUCAUACAGGGGAGAAAGCAUUUUCAUGUUCUGAAUGUAGGAGAUGUUUUGCUCUGAAAUCAACUCUUAUUAGGCAUCAGAAAAUUCAUACAGGGGAGAAAGUAUAUUCAUGUUCUGACUGUGGGGAAUGUUUUACUCGGAAAUCAACUCUUAUUAGGCAUCAGAAAAUUCAUACAGGGGAAAAAGGAUUUCAGUGUUCUGAAUGUGGAAAAUGUUUUGCUCGGAAAACAACUCUUACUGAUCAUCAGAAGAUUCAUACUAGAGAGAAGGCUUUUUCAUGUUCUGAAUGUGGAAAAUGUUUUACUGAUAAAUCAACUCUUAUUAGGCAUCACAAAAUUCAUACAGGGGAAAAAGGAUUUCCGUGUUCUGAAUGUGGAAAAUGUUUUGCUCGGAAAACAACUCUUAAUGAUCAUCAGAAGAUUCACACAGGAGAGAAAGAAUUUUCAUGUUUUGAAUGUGGGAAAUGUUUUAUUCAGAAAUCAACUCUUAUUAAGCACCAGAAAAUUCAUAUUAAAAGAAAUCAAGAAAACCAGGCCUUAACCUCGAGUAAAUAGGGUGACAUGUAGUGAUCAUUCACUGAUGAUGACUACAUGUUGUCUUCUGGGGUAUGCACAGUUAGAGCUGUUUGAGGCCCCCUCUGAAUCUCAAGUGGUUACAGGGUUGCCCCAGUGUGUUUGUCAUCCCUGGGGGAUCCAGGGUCCCUAUAUAGGUUUGAAUAGCCAAGUGAUCACCUGGUGUAAAUAAAAUGCUUUUAUUUGGCUAUAGAUAUAUGGGAGAGAGCCCCUAUGUGCAGAUCACAGUUAUAUAUUAAAGGCUCUUAUUUAUAUAUUGAUAAAUGCUUAUUUAAAAAUAAGCUACUGUUUACUGUAUUACAGUCAGGUGAUCACUGAGGUGACAGCGUGUACCUAGAUAGAAUUUAAAUUAACCAGGUGCACAGAGUGAGCUCCUACUUUACUUUUUUACUAUAUAGUUGAGGGGGGGCUCAUACUGUAUUAUUUAUAAUCUUUUUAACUGAAAUUGUAGUAAAAAAUGUUUUCAAAACCUUUGAUGUAGAUUUCUGAUGUUGUGAUAUUUACAUAAAAUAAAGGUAUAGUUUGAAUCUGA